CUGUCAACAACAUCAAGAAGUUGACGUUUCAGUUGUGCGCUAUGGGUUGAUUAUUUUUGGAUUUUAGUUUAAUAAAAUAUGGCUCGAUUGCUUUAUGUCAUUGCUAGCUUACAUGUCUUACUCUGCCCAUUUACAAAAGUCGAAGAAAGUUUUAAUAUACAAGCAUUUCACGAUAUUUUAUAUCAUCGACAUAACCUCUCACAGUACGACCACAAUGAGUUCCCGGGAGUGGUGCCGCGUACAUUCGUCGGGCCGCUUAUUAUUUCGGCUCUAUCGGCGCCUAUGGCCGCAAUUUUUCAUCUGUUUGGGAUAAAUAAGUUUUGGAUGCAGUAUGUUGUGCGUCUAGUAUUAGCAUUGACUGUGAUCGGAGCAUGGACGCGGCUGAGGAACACGCUGCAGAAACAGUUUGGGAACACGUUUGCUUGGUGGUUCACUUUAAUAACAGUCACUCAGUACCACUUCAUGUUUUACAUGAGCCGUCCACUACCUAAUAUUCUAGCAUUACCCCUUGUGUUGCUAGCCUUUGAAGGAUGGAUAUUAGGCAAGCACAAGCAGUUCCUGAUAUCAGCGGGGGCCAGCAUGAUCAUCUUCAGGUCCGAGCUGGCGGUGCUUUUUGGACUGUUCCUCAUCAUUGAUGUGUACUUUAAGAAGAUUGACAUCAAAACGUUGCUCAAAAUAGUGUUACCGGCCGGCGCGGGCCUGGUGGCGCUGACCGUGGUGGUGGACUCCGUGUUCUGGGGGCGGCUGCUGUGGCCCGAGGCCGAGGUGUUCUGGUACAACACCGUGUUGAACAAGAGCUCCGAUUGGGGUACUUCCCCAUUCCUCUGGUACCUAUACUCGGCGCUGCCUCGCGGGCUCGGCCCGAGCUUGCUCCUAGCGCCUCUAGGCGCGUACCUAGACAAGCGAAUGGUGCAGUUGGUCGCUCCGGCACUUGUCUACGUGUUGCUGUACUCGAUGUUACCGCAUAAGGAGCUGCGGUUCAUUAUAUACGUGUUCCCGCUGUUCAAUAUGGCGUCCGCUGCGGCCUGCUCUUAUAUAUUUACUCGCCGAACGAAAGCGCCGAUCUUUGAGCUCCUAUUCUGGGGCACCGUUGUGGUAGUGGUUGGCAAUGUGCUGCUGUCAGUCGCCUUUGCGUCCGUGGCCAUGACCAACUACCCGGGCGGGGUCGCCAUGACGAGAUUUCACAAACUCCUUAAGAACGAACCAUACGUCCACCUACAUAUCAGCAAUUUGGCAGCACAGACCGGCGUAACUAGGUUCACAGAGAUCCACAACCCCCAUUGGCAAUACAGCAAAAACGAAUCUCUCGACGCAGAACAAUUACAAGAGUACACCCACCUCCUAAUAGAAGCUAAGAGUAAAUAUUCACCAAACCUUAAAUCAUUCACUCAUACGCAUACAGUUCUAGAGGGUAUAGAUACGUUUUCUGCAGUUUCCCUAAAUUAUAAACUUUUACCUCCGAUCAAAAUAAAAACUCGCCCAGCGCUGUUUAUUCUACAAAGGAAAGAUUUUCGUGAAUAUCCACACGGUCAUAAAGUUCGUAUUGAUAGCAGUGGUCGAGAAGAACCAGAUUUAAGUAGCCCUUCAGAUGACAAUAUGUACAAUGAGUUGGAAACAGAAUAUGCUAAUAAUGAUAGUUCUGAAUCUGAAGGAUUACUAGAUGAAGAACAAUUUGUUGAAGAAGAAGAAGAACAGACAGUUGAAAUUGAAGAGCCAAUAGUUAAAUCAGAAAAUAUUGUUGAAACUGAAGAAGAAUCUCCUGCAGACGACGAGACAGCAAACGAUGCAAGUGAUGUACAUGUCCAAGAGAUUGUUAGAGAAAUAUACAACACGGUAAAUGUUGAAGAAAUUGAAGAGAAGGAAGAAAUUAUUAAAAAGCCAAAGGUUAAGAAAGCAAUUGAGGAGUUGAAAAGUUUGAGAAAAGAGAAAAAACUAAAAGCGAUAGCGAAAAUAAAAUCUGAAACUCGAAAAGAGGUUGUGGCAUCUGCAAAAGAAAAGCUCAGGGAGUUGAUGAAACGACACAAAAAGAUCGCUGAGGAACUCUAUGGUGACAGUCCCGAUGCAAAGGAACAUGUAGUUGAAGUAGAUGGCAGAGGUGAUAUACCUGAAGAAUUACAGGAAACCGUCGCUGAAGAACAAACUCAAGUAGAUGCAGAAAAUCAAGUUGAACAGGAACAAGACGUAACUGAAAAUCUUAAAGUUAUUGCAGAAACGGCGGCCACAAAUAAAAACAUUGAUGAGAUAGUUGAAGAAGUUAUAGCUAGACUUAUAGAUAGAAAAAUAUAUGAUGAUAAAACUAAACCAGAGGAUAUCAAAGCCGAGGACAGGCAAGUGAUCCAACAGAUUGUAGAAGAGAUCCUAGCAGAGAAAAUGAAUUAUACUAGAUUUGAUCAGUAAUUGUUUUUAGUAUUUAAUGAUUUUACAGUUACUAAUUUGAUCUCGGAUAUAGUUAUCUAACGGACUACUCUACCGUCAGAUUAAAAUAACUACGUACACAGCAAAUUUUAAGAUACACAGCCCUGGUUUGAAUACUUCUAUCUAGAGGACAUAUUAUAACAUAUUUAUAUCGGGUCUAUCGUGUUAAUCGCGUAACCUGCCGGCCUAGCCAAGGUGACAGUCGCUAUCGCUUCGCCAUCGAAUCGCUUUGUGUCUCUCUAUCACUCUUCCAUAUAAGUGUGACAGUGACAUUUGCGUUUCGUUCGCUACGGAGCGUUAGCGACUGGCAUGUUGUCUACGGGGUCUGCUUAGCAACGUCAGAAAUAAAGGUAACAGAAUAAAUUCGCUUUAGGUAAAUAUGAUUUAAUAUGUGUUCAAAACGAGAAAGUUUUAAAUUGGAUAUUCUAUCCAGAGGAGUAAUAUCGCUACAUUUCAAUUUUCGAAUCUUUAAAACUAUAAUUCCUGAUUAUUCAAUGCAUUUUACAUGUAACAGCAUUUUUCUAAUACAUAGCAUUUUAUAGUAAUGCAAUAUUUUACUGUUAGAAUGUAAUGUCAAGAAAUCUAGUCACAUAUCCGAAAAAUAAUCUGUCUUAUUGUUGAAUUUGUUGUUAUGUAUAUUUAUUAUUAAGAUUUUCUUACAAUGUGUAAAUAAAACGAUUAAUAAUUA